AUGCCCGGCGACGACAGACUUCCAGUCAUGGACAGGCAGAUGCCCUCGUCCUUUGACGAGAACAAUGACUUCUACGAUGAGCGCAUCAUGCACAAGGUCUUCCGCAAGCUGAAGGAAGAGCCCCUCAUUCCUCUCGGUUGCGGUCUGACCGUCUACGCCUUCUACGCCGCCUGGCGCGCAACCCGCCGCGGCGAUGCCGUCCAAGCCAACAAGAUGUUCCGCGCCCGUGUCGCCGCCCAAGGCUUCACCGUUCUCGCCAUGAUUGCCGGCAGCAUGUACUACAACAAGGACCGCGAGCGCACCGCCGAGCUGCGCAAGAUCAAGGAGGCCAAGGACGCCGAGGAGAAGAGGCAGCGCUGGAUCCGCGAGCUCGAGGCCCGCGACGAGGAGGAGAAGGCCCUCAAGAGCCUGAUGCAGCAGCGCCGCGCCAAGGCGGAGGCGAGGAGUGCCGGCGGUGCUGCUGCGGAAGAGACGGAAAAGAAGGCGAGCGGCGGCGGUGUUUUGGGUGCGAUUGGCCUGUCGGGCUGGAGCAAGCCUGCCGAGGGUGCGGCGCCGGAGGCACCGGCCACGGCCGAGGGGCAGAAGGACAAGAAGGAGAACCCCAAGAGCUCACUUGGUGUUAUUGGCGAGCUCUACGGACGGAAGCCGUCGGAUGGAUCGUCGGAUGAGCCCAAGAAAUGA